CACCGAGAACUACAGUGAGUUUUGCUUUCCGUUGCGCUCUCUGAUGCAUAGACGGUGUUUACUGGGUUGCAGAGAUUGGGGAUGAAGGUGGUGAGCCACAAAUUGUUGAUGACUAAUCUCUCUCUAUAUUCAAGGCUAUGCAGUGCUGGUUGUGUAGCUUUUUCGGAUUCGUAUUGCUCUGGAACUUUCAACAGCUACCUACCUACAUUGCUGCAAUAUCAACGACAACGAUAACAGAUGCAAAUAUUUAAAGAAUACAAAAUGGUUUGCGUUGAUUUUUUUUUACUUCGUGGUUUUCUUUCAAGUUUAUACAUCCAUUGAUUUGUGUGAACCAUGUUUUAUGAUAUUCGAUAAUGACAUGCAAAUUGCAAAACAUAUAAUACAUAUAUACAUAUAUAUAUAUAUAGAGACCAAACUGUAACUACUACUAUUUUACAUCCUUUUAGUCUUCUCACGUUCAAGAUUUGCUCUUCUCAUUCAUCUUUUCUCCGAUACUGAGAGUAAUGGGUACCGUUUUCGAGACUGUUUUUGCAGCUGUUGGACGUCUUCGACCAGUUUUUAGUUUCUUGGCGGCACAUGGAGCUUACAUUGGCAAGAUUGAGGAGAAUCUUGACGAUCUAAAGAAUGCUUUGGAGGAUCUCAAAGCAAAAAGAUGUGAUUUGUUACGCGAAGUUGAUGCUGAAGAACUCAAGGGUGGGAUACGGUCAGCUAAAGUGGAAAGGUGGCUUUCAAAAGUUGAAACCAUUGAAACCGACACCAAUCUGCUGGUUGCUGAUGCUACCGCUAUACAACAAAGGCUGUCAACGUAUGGGUAUUGUUCCUGCAGUUUCUUUUCCGUCUACGGCUCUGGCAAAAAGAUUUCUGUGAAGUUAAAUGAAGUCCAAAGUUUCUUGUCUGCAUAUGAGUUUGAAGUGGUGGCUGCGCAAGCUCCUCCUCCCGUGGUAGUAGAAGAAUCUGUUCAGCAAACAUUUGGCCUUGAUACAACGCUUCAAAGGAUAUGGAGCCUUCUUAGGGAAUCUGAUAUUAGAAUUUUGGGUCUAUAUGGUAUGGGGGGAGUGGGUAAAACUACACUGCUCAGUCUAAUCGAUAACAAGUUUGCUAACUCUAAGGAUGACUAUGAUGUGGUUAUUUGGGUUGAAGUUUCUAAAGAUGCAGAUAUUGGGAUGAUUCAAGAUGAUAUCGGGAAAAGAUUAGCCCUCUGCGGCGAGGAUUGGAUCAAGAAAUCACAAAGGGAGAAAGCCGGUGAUAUACACAGGGUUCUAAAACAUGUGAAGCACCGAUUCGUGUUGUUAUUAGAUGACUUAUGGGAGGAAGUGAGUUUAAUAGCAAUCGGAAUUCCAUUGCAGGGGAGAGAAUACAAAGUCGUGUUUACUACUCGUUUUAAGGAUGUCUGUGGAAGUAUGGGGGCAAAUAAGGACAUAAAUGUUGAAUGUUUAGCAGAGAAGGACGCAUUGGAUUUGUUAAAGCAUCAUUCCAGAAGAGACACAUUAAAUGGCGAAAUGCUUGAGCACGCAAAAGAUAUUGUGAAAAAGUGCCUUUACUUACCCCUUGCAAUUGUGGUCAUUGGCAAGUCUCUGUCAUGUAAAACGACUGCAGAUGAAUGGCAUCAGGUACUCUCUACUUUGGAAUCUUCUCUGCCUGUGUCGGAUGAUAUGGAGAAGAAAGUAUUUCCUGUUUUGAAGUACAGCUAUGAUCAUUUGGAAAGAGAGGACGCAAAGUUGUGUUUUCUAUAUUGUGCUUUAUUUCCGGAGGCACAUAAUAUCAGAAAAGAUGAACUGGUAGAGUACUGGAUUGGUGAGGGUAUCAUAGAUGAAGAAGACGGAAGAGAAGGAGCAAUGAGUCGAGGCCUUGAGAUAAUCCGUACUCUUGUUGGGGCAUGGUUGUUAUUGGAGGAUGGGGGGGAGUCUAAACAGACAGUGUAUAUGCAUGGCCUGAUUCGUGAGAUGGCACUGUGGAUAGUCACUGGAGUUGGAGAAAGAUUUCUAGUCAAAACCGGUGUUAAGUUAAGCCAUCUACCAAAUCUCAAGAAUUGGAAAGUUGUGACGAAGAUGUCGCUGAUGAACAAUGAGAUUGAGAGCAUAACCGACUCUCGCAGAUUGCCCAAUCCGGAUCGUCUUAUAACCUUGUUCCUGCAAAAUAACAGGUUGGUCAAAAUAGUUGGUAACUUCUUUCUGGUCAUGUCGAAUCUGGUGGUUUUGGAUCUAUCUAGCAACCCUGGUAUCAUUGAGUUACCGGAAGAAUUUUCAAUGUUGGUAGCUUUGCGGUAUCUCAGCUUAUUAAAGACUGGGAUAAAGAAUUUGCAAGUUUUAAAAGAUUUGAUAGAACUGAUUCACUUGGAUCUGGAGUCCACAUCCAAUCUUCAAAGCAUCAGCAUAAUUGCAGGAUUACUAAAGUUGCAGGUUUUGAGAUUUUACGGUUCUAGGGCUGCGUUAGAUCUCUCCUUACUGAAGAGCUUGGAGGGUUUAAAUGAUUUAGAACUUUUGACCAUUACUGUGAGAGAAGUUGAUGUUUUGGAAGCUUUCUUAGGAAGCAAUUUGAAAGGGCGUACACAGGGUAUAUAUCUGGAAGGACUCAAAGUAUCUGUGGUAUCAUUUGCAGCAACCUUUGGCGCGUUAGUUGGACUUUCUAAACUUGGAAUUACAGAUUGUGAUAUCACGGAGUCAGAGACGGGAUGGAAGUACAAUGGAAGGAACCAGGAUUCUCCAUCUACAUCAUCCAAUCCAUGUAUCACCCCACGCAAGACAUGGUUCAAGAACCUCUCAGCUGUGGAACUACUCACAUGCGAGGGUCUAACGACUUUGACGUGGCUGAUAUAUGCUGCAAAUCUUGAGUAUCUAAGCAUCACACUGUUACCGAAGCUGAAAGAAAUAAUAAGCGAAGAGAAAGCUGCAGGUGUCAGUGUGGUGGAUCUUUUUCAAAAGCUAAAAGUCCUUCAUCUUGAGUACUUGGAUGAACUUAAGAGCAUCUAUUGGAGUCCACUCUCUUUUCCCUGUCUGAAGAAAGUACAUAUAACAGGCUGCCCUAAGCUGCGUAAGCUUCCAUUAAAUUCCAGAAGUGUCAAGAGAAUUGAUGAUCUUCUCAUAGAAGUGGAUGAAGGAUGGGUAGAAGAAGCUGAAUGGGAGAGUGGAGCUGAAGAGCGAUUUCGUCCUGUAAUCCGCACAACUUCUGUUACUAAGCUUCAUCUGGUGUAGAAAUGCAAACCCAUGAAAAACCUGGUUCCAAAACCAGACAUCACUGAAUGCAACUCAAAGUUCCUACAAGUUCCGUUUUGUUCUUUUAUGCUAGCUUAAACCUGACUCAAAGUCGUAUGCUUGUCUUUUUCAUUCGUAAACUCAAGAUGACUCAAAUUCGCAAGUAUUGUGAAGGACUAUUGAGAAUUUAUGUUCUCUUUACUCUUGAAUUUCGUUUUUGCAAUAUCUCUGAACUUAUGUAUGUCUAACUCAUUCGAGUUCAUGUAUUGCCCUAAAUGUGGCAUCACUUUAUCUACAUUGAAAUUGAAUCAUGCCAUUUAAUUAUGCAUA